AUGACUUCUUCCUUUACUGCGUCGAUGUCUACUUCCUCACCUCUGGCCCCCGAGCAGCUUGCUGUGGAGGAGAAGAAGCCCGCGCCGCCGCCAAAGCCAUGGCUGAUCGUUGGCCUUGGGAAUCCCGGGAAGAAUUUGAUUGACCAAUUUUCUAACUGGGAAGUGGAUAUUGUGAAUGACUUGAAGGAUUCCACUUUGGUAGCUCAUUGCAAGUCGAAAAGUGACGAUUUAGGUGAGCAUGUGAUCAAGCCUGGAGACAAAUAUUAUUGGAAGUUCCAUGAAAACGUGUGGCAAACAACACUAUAUUGGUGCAAUUUUAGCAGCAAACGUGGGCAGGCUUCUGGUCAAGUGUUUUGGCCAGAGAAAAGCCACUGGCUUAGUGAUCGAUGUAAUCGUAAUACCUGCAUUUGGGUUGCCAAAGAUGAUGGCAUUUCUAUACGUAUUGGUGUUUUCGGUUUAUAUGAAUUAGUGUACCCUUGGAAAUGA